AUGAGACCAGCUCCAGGAGAAACGCUGGUGCAUUUUUUCGACAUCCACAGCGAGGCCCCAGGUAAAACACGAUCAUGGUCUCCCAACACCCUCCCCAUCCGCGCGGUGUUGAACUACAAGAUGGCUCCUUACACGCAAACAUACAUCGCCAUGCCGGACAUUGAGCCUCUGCUUAAGUCUCUCCAUGUCCCUCCGCUGGAAGGCGGCAGAGUGCCCUACACUCUUCCAGCAAUUCUGCAUAAGCCAUCUAUUCAGAACGAGGGCGCAACGCUCAACGACAGCUUUGCCCUGGCCGUCCACCUCGAGACCAUCUUCCCGCCAGAUGCAGGGUACAAGUCUAUCUUCCCCUACGGACAGUCCAGUUAUGCUUUGGCCGUUGCUGUCCUGAAGGUGUUCCGCAGCAUCUACCCGCCUGUCUUGCCAUUUGCCUACCCGGCUGUGCCCAAGUACCUGGAUGAGCGAAGCCGUGAGUACUUCCAUACGUCGCGGAAGCAGUUCCUGGGAGUAACGAUGGAUGAGUUCCAGGCGAGGGGUGAGGCGCUGGAAGAGGCCUGGAAGGCAACGGAGGCCGAGUUCUUAGUUUUGGUGAAGAUGCUGAAGGGACGUCCCGGCCCCAGGAAGAACCGUGGACCAUUCUUUGAGGGCGAGCGCCCUGGGUAUGCCGACAUGGUCUUGUUGGGAUUCAUGGGUUGGUUCGAGAAGAACUCCAAGGCUGACUUGGAGAGGCUCCUGAAGAUCGGAGACGGAGAGCUGCAGAAGGUAUGGGAUGCAGGGCACCAGUGGCUUGAGGCCGAAGGAGAGAACGUGGAGUACGCGAUUCCAAAGUAA